GCCUCUAAUUCACAAUUUUUUCAUUUUAUGCAGGUUAUGGAUGAAGAUAAGAAGAUGGAUGAAGAUGAGAAACUUGUGGAUGAUGAGAAGAUGUGGGAGAAGCUGGAGGAUGAUUACAAUGUCAAAGAAAGCAACAAAAAGGUUAUGGAUGAAAUGGGGAAGAAGGAUGAAGAUGACAAAGUUAAUGAUAACAACAAUAAAACUGUGAAGUCGAAGAAGUUGAUGUUUGGAAGUGACAAUGAUGACAAUGAUAAACCAAUAUUGAAGAAAGAAACGAUCAUCCAAAUUAUGCGCAGAAAGAAGAGGAGCAUAAAACUUAAAAGUGAUACAUGGAAGGAUGUAUUGAAAGAAGAGGAUGCCAUUGUGGACAAUGUAUUGGAAAUAGAGAAGGAGAAAGAGAAGGAGAAGGAGAGGGAGAAGGAGAAGACUAUGAUGAGGCAGACUCGACAGCAGAAGAAGAUGGAGGUGCAAGAGGAUGAUGAUGAUCCACUUAAACAAUUGAACACUCCAAGAGCAUCAUAUAUGAUAUCAAGUAAUUCUGCAUAUGUAGUAUUUUGGGGAACCAUCAUAUAUUUGAAUGAAUUUGAUUCAACUUGA